UGUUGACACAAUAAGACACACAAGGAAGAAACCUGGAGGGUGUCACAUAAAGGCCUCUCUUCCUCAUUUGGCAAAAGGGCCAGAGAAAUCAAGGGGACAAUAUGACUAGCCAAUCUCAGGGAAUCCAGCAGCUUUUGCAAGCAGAAAAGCGUGCCAAAGACAAACUUGAAGAAGCCAAAAAGAGAAAGGGAAAGAGGCUAAAGCAAGCCAAGGAAGAAGCCACAGCAGAGAUAGACCAUUACAGAUUACACAGAGAGAAGAAUUUCAGACACAAGCAAAACAAUAUAAUGGGCUCUCAGGGUAACCUAUCAACAAAAAUAGAUGAAGAAACCGCAACAAAGAUCCGGGAUCUCACUAGUAACUACCGUAACAACACGGAAAGCAUGAUGGGACAUCUUUUGGACAAGGUGUAUGACAUCAAUCCAGAAAUCCACACAAAUUAUUCCUACACUAUUUAAAACACUUUAUGGAAGUGUUUCAGAAAGAGCAAUUAUGGCUUUGCUAUUAGACAGGGUGAUGUGGUUUUCCUCAAGUCACAGAUUAUAAAGUACUAUUAAAGGGUCAAAUCAA